CUGCAAAGGCCUGGUCUGGAGGAUGUGGCUGUCCUGAAAAAGGAGCUGGUCCAAGUUCAGACCCUGAUGGACAAAAUGACUUUGGAGCGUGAAAGGGAAUCUGACAAGCUGAAAGAUGAGUGCAAGCACUUGCAGGCAGAACAAGCUAACUCAGAGGCUACCAUUAACCAGUUAAGAGCUGAACUUGCCAAAGGACCUCAGGAGGUAGCUGUGUACGUCCAGGAGCUGGAAAAACUUCAAAGUUCAGUCAAAGAGCUAGAACAGAAAAACCAGAGUCUGACGGAGAAGCUGCUGAAGAAAGAGCUGGAUUACACCCAGCUAGAAGAAAAGCACAAUGAAGUGUCUGUGAGCAAAAAGAACGUGCAGGCAAGCUUUCACCAGAAGGACCUGGACUGCCAGCAGCUCCAGGCCAGGCUCUCUGCGUCUGAAGCCUCCAUGCAGAGAUUGCAGACAGAGCUGGGGGAGAAGGCGGAAGCAACCCAGAAACUUAAAGAAGAAUUGUCAGAAGUGGAGACCAAGUACCAGCAUCUCAAGGCAGAAAGCAAACAGCUCCAGCAGCAGAGGGAGGAAAAAGAGCAGCAUGGCCUGCAGCUCCAAAGUGAGCUCAGUCAGUUGCACAAUAAACUUCUAGAGACAGAGCGCCAGCUAGGGGAAGCACACGGUCGGCUGAAGGAACAGAGACAGCUAUCUAGUGAAAAACUAAUGGACAAAGAACAGCAAGUGGCUGAUUUGCAAUUAAAACUUUCUCGUGCUGAAGAGCAGCUAAAGGAAAAGGUGGCAAAUUCUACUGAAUUACAGCAUCAGCUAGAUAAGGCGAAACAGCAGCACCAGGAACAGCAGACACAUCAGCAAAACACUACAGCAAAGCUACGAGAAGCCCAGAAUGAUUUGGAGCAAGUACUACGACAAAUCGGAGAUAAGGACCAAAAAAUACAAAAUCUUGAGGCCUUGCUUCAAAAGAGCAAGGAAAACAUCUCCUUACUAGAAAAGGAAAGAGAGGACUUAUAUGCAAAAAUUCAAGCUGGUGAAGGAGAAACUGCAGUUCUUAACCAGCUACAGGAGAAAAAUCAUGCAUUACAAAUACAGGUAACUCAGCUGACAGAGAAGUUGAAGAAUCAGUCAGAAAGUCACAAACAAGCCCAGGAGAAUUUGCAUGAGCAAGUGCAGGAGCAAAAGGCACAGCUAAGAGCUGCUCAAGAUCGAGUGCUCUCACUGGAAUCAAACAUUACUGAACUAAAUAGCCAGCUAAAUGAAAGCAAAGAGAAAGUAUCACAACUUGAUAUACAGGUGAAAGCAAAGACUGAAUUGCUACUUUCAGCAGAGGCAUCAAAAGCUGCUCAGAGAGCAGAUCUUCAGAAUCAUCUGGACACUGCCCAACACGCACUGCAGGAUAAGCAACAGGAGUUAACUAAGGUCAGCGCUCAGUUGGAUCAGGUUACAGCUAAGCUGAAUGACAAGCAGGAAUACUGUGCUCAGCUGGAAGCCAAUAUCAAAGAGUACAAAGAGCAACAUCUUAAUUUAGAACAGAAAACUGAAGAGCUAGAGGGACAGCUUAAGAAACUUGAAGCUGACAUUUUUGAUGCUAAAGCAAGCAAAGAACAAGCUCUCCAGGAGUUACAGCAGCAGCGACAGCAGGCUACAGAACUAGGCCUCCGAACAGCAGAGCUCAGUAAACAACUUGAAGCGGAACGAGAAGUUGUGUCUAAUACUAAAAUGGAGUUACAGAAGAAAUGUGAGGCCCUUGAACAAGCAAAAAAGCAAAUUUCCAAGCAGGAGGAGGAGAAGACCAGCCUCAAACAAGAUCUUGAGAAAUCAAAUCAAGAUACGAGUAAACAGCUCAAGGAAUUGGAUUGUAAAAUGCAAGCAGCAACAUCAGAGCUCCAACAAAUGAAAUUAGAGAAGGAAACUCUAUUAAAGGACCUUACGGUUACCAAAGAAAAGCUUUCAAAAAGUUCCGAAUCCUUUAGAAAAAGAAAGGAAGAAUUAGAAAAAGAAAUACAGAAGGGAAAAACAGCUGUGUCAGAAAUGGAAAAAUCCUGCCAAGAAGUAAAACAUCAGCUCCAGGUACAAACGGAGUCUGUAGCUAAAGAAAGGAAUGAACUGAAAAACUCACUGGAAAAAAAGGAAGGGAUUUCUAAGCAGUUGUCGAUAGAACUUGAUUCAGCACGGGCGCAAGUACUGGAAGUUCAGGGUCUUCUAAAAGAGAAAGAAAAAAGUGAGCAGCAUCUCCAGGGAAAGCUGAGAGAACUGAAGGAGUCCUUUGAACAGAAGAAAAGGCACAGUGAAACACUGCAAGCUGAUUUAAAAACUGCCCUUUUAGAAAAGUCUACAGAAGAAAAACUUGCUCUGGCUCAGGAAGAAUUAGUUUCAAACAGAAAUCGAAUUGCUAGCAGUAACCAGCAGAUCCAGGAACUUAAGAAAGUGAAGUCUACGCUAGAACAGGAUUUAUCAAAGAAGGAGCAGCAGCUGGGUGAGAAGACCAAAAUGUUACAGGAUCUUCAGAAUGACAAGAUUUUGAAAGAGAAAGACUUGGCUAAUGAAAAAUGUAAAACAACAGAGCUCCAGGAAAUAAGGAGUAGACUUGAAAAAGGAAGUACCAAGCUGAGUGAAGAGCUUAGAACCUGCAAGCAAGAAUUUGAGAAGGAGGUGACAAAUCUCAAGGAUGCAAAGCAAUUAUUGAUUCAACAGAAAUUAGAACUGCAGGGCAAAGUAGAUAACAUAAAUUCAGCACUAGAACAGGAAAAAAAAGCCCAACAAGCUAUCAAAGAUCAUCUGAAAAAGAGAGAAGAAGAAUUGAAGAAAGAAUGUGCUGAAAUUGAAGCUAAACUGAACACAGAGAUAAAAGAUAAAGAAGAAGAAAACCGGAAACAUGAGGAAAAAGAGACCAAGCUGAGCAUGCAGGUCACAGCUCUGAAUGAAAACUUGGCUACCAUGAAGAAAGAGUGGCAGAGCAGUCAGCGGAGAGUGAGCGAGCUGGAGAAGCAGACGGAUGAUUUACGUGGGGACAUAGCUGUCCUGGAAGCGACGGUCCAGAAUAAUCAGGAUGAGAGAAGAGCGCUGCUGGAGAGGUGUAUAAAAAGUGAGGGAGAAAUUGAAAAGCUUCAAACCAAACUUGUAGAAAUGAAGAAGAAGCUGGACAACACUACGGCUGCAAUGCAGGAGCUAGGCCGAGAAAACCAGUCGUUACAGAUCAAGCAAACUCAAGCUCUGAAUAGGAAAUGGGCAGAAGACAAUGAGGUACAGAACUGUAUGGCCUGUGGGAAAGGCUUUUCAGUGACAGUGAGAAGGCAUCACUGUAGAAAAUGUGGAAAUAUCUUUUGUGCUGAGUGCUCAGCAAAGAAUGCCUUAACUCCCUCUUCCAAGAAGCCUGUCCGGGUCUGUGAUACUUGCUUUAAUGACUUGCAAGGAUAACUGGCUUACCUUGAGCAACAAGGAUAAGUUACAGUAAAGUUUAGAAUUUCUGUCGAUGCACUUCGUUCCGCACUCAGACUACUAUUCAGUUCAGACAAUGAUUGUAACACUUGGCAAAAUUUAGUAUAUUUUGAAAUGUUUAUUGAUACCAAGUAAAACUAUUGUAUUUUUUGUGAGACAUGGGCUCAGAUCAUCCAUAGCUUAUUGCCAUUUAUCCUGGAAAGAGCUUCUAUGUCUAGAAAGAAAUACCCAGUUAUUUGUAAAUAAAGUUUAAACAGAGGAGUAA